AUGUCCACUCAAACCCUAACUGUCCUCCUCCUAGGAACCUGUGACACCAAACUCGCCGAGCUCCUCUACAUAAAAGAGCAAAUCGAAACACAGUCCCAGAUCAAUGUCCUGAUCAUGGACAUAGGCCGCAACACAACCAACCAUCCAGAUAUUAGUUUUACACCAGAGCAUCUAUUACAGCAAGCGACAGAGCCAAUCCAGUCCACCGCCAACAACAACGAUACAAACAAUAUACCAGACCUCAAAUCCCUCCCCCGAGCAACCUACAUCUCAACCCUAGCCACCUCCGCAACCCAAAAAGCCACCCAUUUAUACCAAACCUCCCAAAUCCACGGAAUCCUUGCCAUAGGCGGGUCGUGCGGGACAACACUCGCAACAGCAGUCAUGCGCGACGCGUUGCCAGUGGGAUUCCCAAAAUUAAUGGUGUCGACGAUGGCGUCGGGGGAUGUGGCGCCGUACAUCGGGGAAACAGAUAUCAGUAUGAUGUACAGUGUUGUCGAUAUUGCGGGGCGGAAUCGGGUGUUGGAGCGGGUUUUGGGGAAUGCGGGGGGUGCUGUUGCUGGUAUGGCAUUGUCUUAUUAUCGAUAUUGUCAUGCCAAUCUAUCCAAGGAAGUAUCUAUGGGUGAUGCUUUGAGGGAUAUGCAGGAUAUACACAGUGGGAAGAACGACAAUGCCAAUGGUGGUAUACGCAUCGCUAUCUCCAUGUUCGGGGUUACGACCCCCUCUGUAACGCAUGCCCGGCAGCACCUCGAAUCCGUUCUCCCGAACUGCGAAGUAUAUAUCUUCCACGCGACAGGGUCAGGUGGACGGGCGAUGGAACGGCUGAUUCGGGAGGGGCAGCUAGACGCAGUCCUCGACCUGACGACAACGGAGAUCGCAGACGAGGUUGUUGGCGGGGUGUUGAGUGCAGGUCCGGGACGUUUAAGUGCAGCCACGGCCCGAGGGAUUCCGCGGGUUGUCAGUGUGGGAGCGUGCGACAUGGUGAAUUUCGGGGAGAGAAAAAGUGUCCCAUCCAUAUUCUGGGAGAGUGGCUCUGCCGGUGACUCUGCGAGUGAAUCUUCACGGAAGCAGAGGCUAUUCCAUGAGCAUAACGCUGCUGUUACGCUCAUGCGCACGACAGCCGAGGAAUGUGUGCUUAUCGCGCGAAUGAUUGCGCGCAAUUUACUCGGUGGCUCUGAGAAGACCGUCACUUCUGCUGCACAGCCCGGGACUGCAUCUGAGACUAGUGGGUUGGCGCGGACUAAGGUCGUGCUGCCAACCGGGGGAGUCAGCAUGCUGGAUGUCCCCAGCCAGCCAUUUUGGGACCCCGAGGCGGAUGAGGUGCUGUUUUCAACGCUAGAGAAUGAGUUGCAGGGCAGUGGAAUAGAGGUUGUGCGGGAUACUCAUGCGAUUAAUGAGCCCGGGUUUGCUGUUGCUGUGGCCGAUGAAUUGGUGCAUUUGAUUCAAGUAUCCGACAAUAAAUAG